AUGCCACCAGGCUUUUCUUACCCGCCAAUAUGGUUCAACCCGAGCGUGCCAGCGCUAAUUGCUCCUGAAGCCUCGCGACCGGCUAGUCAGGUUUCUCCUCCCGUUAUUGAUCCGGCCAGACCAGCGGAUUACCAACGCCUAGAAGACAGAAUAAGGGCCAUUGAGGGCUUCUCUUCUUUUGGGAUAGACGCUCGAGACCUCUGCUUGGUCCCAAACGUGGUGUUACCCCAGAAAUUCAAAGUGCUUGAUCUCCUCAAGUACAAAGGUCUUAGCUGUCCUCGCAGUCACCUCACUAUGUACUGCAGGAAGAUGGCUUCGCAUAUGGAUAACGGCAACCUCCUGAUUCAUUUCUUCCAAGACAGCCUGACUGGGGCUUUCUUGGAUUGGUAUAUGAGUCUGGAGCGCUCGAAGAUUCGAUCAUGGAGAGACCUCUCUGAGGCAUUCUUGAAACAAUACAAAUACAACCUUGACAUGGCUCCGACAAGGCUUCAACUACAGAACCAGUCACAAAGGUCUAAUGAAACCUUUAAACAGUAUGCUCAACGGUGGCACGAAAUGGCGUCUAGGGUUCGACCAUCACUAUCUCAUAAUGAGUUGGUUGACAUCUUCAUGGGCACGUUGCAUGGGCUGUAUUUUGAGAAAAUGAUUGGCAGUUCAUCAACAAAUUUCGCCGACAUGGUCACAAUUGGAGAACGUGUUGAAAGUGGGUUAAAAUCGGGGAAAAUAACGGACACGACCGCGUCGUAG